AUGGUCAAUUGGAAACAACCCGAGUCAGCCGACCGUCUCUGUGCGGCGCUCGUCGUAGCCCAUCCGAGUCUAAAGCUCGACUACAAUGCCAUAGCCACCUACUUCGGACAGGGAGCAACGUACGACGCAAUUCAAAACCGCUUCCGAAAAGUCCACUCAUUCGCCGAUCAACUCCGACAGGAAGCCAUAGAACGGGGAAUCACUGAUCUUCCCGCUGCGAAGGCCCGAAAAUCCACUACCGGCAGUAUUGCCUCUCCUGCUCCACGAACACCCCGUAUGGGCCGCAACGGGAUCCAGAAGCCUGUCUCUUCCUCAUCUCGAAAGAGACCCGCUUCCAGAACACCCGCCAAUUUGAUAACACCAACCCGAAGCGGAGCCGGUUCAAGCAAAGCCGGACAGUCUAUUAUGGAUGCAAUCUCUCUAGAAGAUGACAUGCUCGACGAUGAAAGGGCCGAUAUGAAGCCUCCGCUCAAAGCGGAGUCCAGGUCUGCGCAAAUCUCAACAAUGGCAGGUCCUACUUCCGACGAAAGCGAUGUCGAGAUCAUUGAAAUGCCUCCUUCGCCUCCGGCAGUUACAACGGGCAAAGUCGAGGAGUUUUAUGUAUCGACAUCGAGCUUUCCUUCUUAUCCUAAUUUCAGCGUGAGCAAUGGCAAUACUAGCUCAACUGUCAAACGCGAACGUGAGCAAAGUCGCAUCCUGAACUCCAAUGUUACGACCGUUAACGGUACGAAUACUACAUCGUCAACAUCAAGCGACUUUAGCAACAGCAGAAGCAACAACGAUGCCACUCUCGGCAUAUCCAGUAUAGGCGGGUUCGCCCAUAGUAGUAGCUCAGCCUACGAGAUGGACGAUCCAUGGAGUGAAGUCGCAUGA